UCAGAUGUUUUCUGAUGCAUCUGCGAUAAAUAAUUCUUAAUUAGCGCAAUAAUGGCAAAUUAUGUAACCCUUGCAGGUGAAUAAAAUAAAAUAUUGAAGAUAGUGGCAACAAUAUCAGGUUAUGUGUGUUUGAUGUUAUAAUUUUUACAUUAUAUAUUUAUGUGUAAAUAUAUUUUUAAGAUACACAAAAAAGUGGUCAAGCACCGAUCGAUUUAAAUGACAAAAUGGUACGUCCUACGAGAUUUCCACCGUUAAUCUUAAACGGCCAUUGGUUAAAGGAUGGAAACGCAACUUUGUUUAACGAUGGCAAAAAAGCAAUUAUUUUUUUGAAUGGCGAUAGGAUCCCAUCAACAGUAUCUGGAGGUCCGCUCGUAAAUGACGAAUACGAAUUUUACAAUGCGCACUUUCACUGGGGUGAGAAUGAUUGUAGAGGUGCUGAACAUACGAUCAAUGGUACUUGGUUUUCGAUGGAGUGUCACUUAGUGCACUGGAACCAAAAAUAUCUCACCUUCGAAGAAUGUUUAAAACAUCGAGAUGGUCUUUGCGUAUUAGCUUAUUUAUUCUUGGUUCAAUCGGGAUCUUGUGACUGGAGCAAUGUUCAAUUUGAAAAAAUAUCUGAAAAUGUAAAACAUAUUCAGAAUGCUGGAUCGGAGAUAAAAAUUCCAGCAAAUUCUUUAUCUUGGAUGCGAGUAGCAACUGAUUGUUCAAGUUACUAUACAUAUCACGGAUCCUACAAUGCAGAGAGUAAUUCAGAAUGCGUUACGUGGAUCGUGUUCCCAGCCAUUAUUCCUAUACAAUCUUGCCAACUUAAUGAGUUCCGAAAACUAAAGGAUAAAAAUGGCGAAUUCAUAAAAUCGAAUUGGAGAGACGUUCAACCUUUACGAGGACGACAAAUAUUUUUAGCUGUCUCUUAAGAAAAAUUUACAUUCUAACUUA